AUGCAUUUCCCCAGCGCAAUCACUCUUCUUACAGCCUUGCCAUCGGUCCUGGCCUGUAAGGGCUAUACUGGGGGCCUUCCCAAGCAUACAGGAACUAAAACUCUCGGAUCUCCUCAGUAUAUCAAGAAAGGCCAGACCUUUGAUGCUGGUUGGGUAAAAUAUGACCGUGGGGUGAAGUGUACAGGUCAGGCUGAAGGAGGUGAGAAGGACACUGUUUUUGUCCUUGAAGAUGGGGCCAAACUGCGAAAUGUCAUCAUCGGCGCCAAUCAACGUGAAGGCGUGUACUGCCUUGGAUCCUGUACCCUUGAAUUUGUUUGGUUCGAGGACGUUUGCGAGGAUGCCAUCUCCAUCAAGGGCGGCGGCACAGCCAACAUUAUCGGCGGUGGUGCCUACAAAGCCGCUGAUAAGAUCAUUCAGCAUAACGGCUGUGGACACGUGAACAUUAUCAACUUCUAUGCCAAUGAUUACGGCAAGGUUUACAGGUCUUGCGGCAACUGCAAGGGUAACUGUCGACGCUCCGUGCAUAUGGAGGGUACUACUGCUGUUAACGGUGGGGAGUUGAUGGGCAUCAACACCAACUUGGGUGACAAGGCCACUUACUCUAACAACUGCUACCCCAAAGUCCAAUGUCAAGGCUACAAUGGUUGUGAUAAGGGCAACGGCGCUUGUGAGCCUACAAAGGCUGGUCUUUGCUAA